AUUUAGUUUGGUGAAACUACUCUAAAUAGUUCUGAUUAAUGAGAUGGCUGCAAUAUUAUGAUGAUGAAAAUCAAUAUGUAUUCAAUUAACUACUAUAAUAACUAUUUCAAUACUUAUUGUUUUAAGUAUUAAUAGCAAAGAUGAAAAAAAAGAACUUUGAUGAUGAUAUCAGAUUCAAGGUCAAAUAGAGAUAUGCAACAAUAUCAGAAUGGGCAUUUAAGACAAUCGAAUCUGAAAGAGUACCAGAAUCAAGGGCCAAGUCAUUAUAUAGUGGACCUGUAAAAGUUCCAAAUCAAGCGAUGUAUUUAUUGCAUAACCCGUAACAUCAACUUAUUAUACUUAGAUUUAAGAGUAUUGAUAAAAAGAAGCCCAGACUUGCUAUCUCUCAAUAAUCUACUAUAUAGCAAUCAUCAAAAAUUUAUAGAAAAUUGAUUGACCCAAAUUAGAUUACCAGAUCGCUUGAUUACUCUGAUUUAGCAGAUUCUUAAACAAAUGCUACAAAGAAAAAGGUGCCAUAAAAUCAAAGACUCAAAAAAUAAUUUUAAGUAAUUCAUAAUCGGAUGAAAUUAAUUUUGGAUUCCUACAAAAAUAGGGAACGAGUACUGUUGAAGUAUAUUGCCUCGUUGCAACAGGAGAUUAUGGCUCUCAAAUAAACUCGGUAUUAAACAAUAUGA